AUGUCGUCCCAGCCCCAGAAACACGUCGUCUUCGACGUCGUCGGCACGUGCGUCUCCUUCGACGCCUACUACGCGCGCAUCGACGAGGUCCUCGGCCCCAAACUGCGCACGCACACCAUCACGCCCCAGCACUUUGGCUUCACCUGGCAGACGGCUGCCGAGCUGGAAUUCACCUUCCUGUCCAUCUCGGGCAGCUACAAGGCGUACAAGGAGGUUAUGCGCGGCCUGUUCUACCGCACCCUCAGCCUCUGCGGCGUCGCGGACCCACGCGCCCUGGCCACCGACGCUGAACGCGACCAGUGCAUCGAGGGCUACGGCGCGUUGCAGUUGCGCCCUGGCUGUCGCGAGACCUUCCGCCUUCUGCGCGACAAUGGCUUCACCGUCUGGUGUUUCACGACGGGCGACGUCCAGCGCGUCAAGGGCUACUUCGAGCGCGCCAGUGUUGACAUGCCCGUCGACAACUUCAUCAGCUGCGAUUCUCUAGGCGUCGCGAAACCCGCUCUCCCCGCAUACCAGGCCGUGUGGAAGCGGCUGGGUGCCGACGAUGUGAAGUGGUUUGCCGCCGCCCACUUGUGGGAUGUGGCCGCUGCGACCAAAGUUGGGUUCCGGGGUGCGUGGAGUUCGGUGUUGGAGAAGGAGCCUUGCCUCGAUGUCUUCAGUGAUGCGAAGCUGGACGUUGUGGCUGGGGGGCUGGAGGAAAUGGCACAGCAGAUCGUAGACAAGUCACGGUAA